UGACAACCUGAAGCAAAAGUGUGUAUGAUAUUAAUUGUUAAACUUUUAUUUUAAAAUAUGGUAGAUACAGAACAUACCUAACUGCCUUAAAAAGAAUCCACCGGAAAACGAUAAGCAGAAACGUCUUGCCAGAGGAAAUGAUGCCGCCGAGGGAGAGAUACCGUAAUAAGGGACAAAAGGAAGAAACGUUUGUGUUAGAUAACGGUACUGGUAGCUGGAGUGACGUCCGCGAAGCUAAACGUAUUGCCGUUUUAGCUUCUCUGGUACCUGACGAGAUAAUUUACAAACAUUCCGAUUAUUCUGUUAGACCAUAUGAAACUGCACUCAUGUUUAUAGAUGUUUCUGGUUUUACGGAACUUUGCGAAACAUAUACUAAAGCCGGUCACGGUGGUCCGUCACGUCUCACUCAAGUCUUGAACCUGUAUAUUGGGGCAAUGGUCCAGGAAAUACUGACACAUAAGGGCGACGUAUUAAAAUUCUCUGGUGAUGCCUUCCUUUGUAUGUGGAAGAAGUCAUCAAAGAUGAAUAUGCAAGAUGUGGUACAUACUGCUAUUGAUUGUGGUCUUUUGAUUCAGAAGAAUUAUGGACGGUAUUACACAGACGUUGGUGUUACAUUAAAAGUAAAAAUCGCAAUAUCUGCCGGUUUAUCCCAGUUUUCAAUCGUUGGUGGUCACGACCAAUGCCAAUCUCACUACGUGGUGGUGGGACAGCCUGUGUGGGAUGUUAAGAUAGCGGAAUAUAUGAGUACCGCUGGGGAUGUUCUUACAUCAGCUAGUGCUUGGAUGUAUGUUAAUGAGUCUGAUUACUGCACGCAGCCAUGUGGCGAUGGACAGCAUACAAAGGUAUUGGGAGUAGGGGCCACAUGGAAACGAGUUCAAAAGCUACACUCAUCUGUAAAUGUCCAUACUGGUAAUUGAAGUCCUACAACUGGAAUUAACUAUAGAGAAUUUACUUUGAGGCCAGCGGUGAUAACAGCAAUGCGUAGUACUUGGUGGUCAGCUCUUCGGCGUUACAUGGCACCGCCAAUACUACGGGCGGUAGAUAACGAUGAGCCAAUGGAUUUUCUCACAGAAAUUCGCCAUGUUGUGGUCGUGUUUCUUAAUAUUAUAACACGAACUGUCACUGAGGAUGUGCUUAUUGAAGUCGUGAAUAAUGCUUUCAAAAUUGUUUGCUGUGAAACAUCAAAAACCGGUGGUCUAGUAAACAAAGUCUCCAUGUUUGAUAAAGAUAUGAUGUUUUUGAUGGUGUUUGGUCUUCGUGGCUUAAAACAUGAAGAUGAAGCUCAGAAUGCUCUGUUAUGUGCCAACAAGUUAAAAGAACAGUUAAAUGAUGUGAAUAUAACAACAGUUAGCGUGGGAGUAACGUCAGGUUCCACUUAUUGUGGAGUCGUGGGUCACGCAUUACGCCGCGAAUAUACUGUUAUAGGAUCUGCAGUUAAUAAGGCAGCGCGACUUAUGAUGGCAUACCCUAAUAAAGUAACGUGUGAUAAAGAAACGUUUCUAAGAAGCAAACUCGAUCAAGAUUUUUUCAAGUUAAUGGAAGCUAAAAUUCUAAAGGGAUUCACUAAUCCUGGACCUAUUUACGAAUUUAACCGUUCUAGCACUAAUAGAGUCAGCUAUUCUCAUCCAAUAUUGGGCCGUGAUGUGGAACUACAAGUUUAUCUAUCUACUCUGAGGAAGGCCAUUGAUGAGUACUCUAAGAAGUUCACCCGAUAUAGGGACCAUAAAUUUGCAGUGGCUAUAGUUGGUUCUAGAUUGGCGGGCAAAAGUCGUUUGUUGGCUGAGUGUCUUAAUAUUACCCCUAAAUUUGUGGAGAUAGAUCAAAUUAUACUUACAGAAAAUGAUAACGUACCGUACCAAUUACUAAGACUUAUUAUGGGUCGGCUAUUCAAAGGUAUUGGCCGGUCAUCACGCGAAAAUCGAGAGAGCAGAAUAAGAUUUACAGUGGAUAUGACAUCACUUCGGCCUCUAGAAAUCUUUGCCAUCAAUACAAUAUUUGAUUGUCGUUUCCCGUUACCAGAGAGCUUUCAGUACGAUGACAGCGAAGGUUUACUCAAAGAGUAUCAAGUUAGAAUUCUGAUGCAAAACAUUUUUGAAGCGAGUUUCAAGCAACUACGAGUGGUGGCUGUGGCAGAAGCUCAACACAUCGAUGAUGAAUCUUGGAAAGUGCUAUUAUUAAUUCUUCAAUAUAAAAUAUGCUUUGUUCUACUCACAGUUACAGAUGAGGACAAACUUUCUCAUGUGGGUCGUUCUGCCAUAGGUAACCACAUGAUCGUAAAGAUGCAAAUAUCUGGUAUCGAUCGUCGAUAUCUAGCUGCUCUUGCUUGUCAAUUGUUGGAUGUGCAGGCUAUACCGUCUGAACUUGAUAAGGUGAUUGAGAGUGCAAGCGACGGUCUUCCUGGUUGGAUUCAAAAUUUCCUAAUUUGUCUGGUCCAAAGGGAACAGUUGACUAUGGUAACUGUACCACGAACACAGGCUUUAGAUACUGGCGCACUUACACCACCCACAUUCCUUUUGAAGAAGCCCGAUGGCAAAAUUAGUAUAUCUUCAGAUAACUUUAGUAAACCAGACAAGGAAAGUGACGCCAGUGUUGGUGAAGACCGUCAAAGCGAUAUUAUUCAAAUGGCUGUUCUAUCCAAAUAUUAUAAUUUUGACGAUGUCAAGGUGGACAUGAAGAUGGAUGUUUUAAUACUGAAAACGUACGACUCACUAACGCCGUUUGAGAAAAUGCUUUUAAAAUGCAGUUCUGUUUUGGGCGAUGUAUUUUCUCGAAGGAUGCUUCUACACUUACUGCAAUGUGAAUCGCCGCGAAAAGUUGCAGAAGCGGUGGCAAAGUUAUUUUCUAUACGAGUAUUGGAAUGCGAAGGUGGUGAUUUUACUCGCGAUCAUUCGAGGGUACUUAUUAAUCCCGCACCGGUUUACAAGGAAUAUGUUCUGCCCUUUUGUUUUUGUCUGGGAACAAGGCGAUUGAACGAUUGCGAUGAUCUACCCGACUUUGCGUUUUGUGGUUAUAUGAAGUUUAGACAUACGCUAUUUAGAAGUACCACCUACGAUUUGCUCACUGAUUGUCAAAAGAGAGAAAUGCAUUCACGUGCCCUGCUGUAUCUUGAGAGGUACACACGGAAAUGUUCGUCUUGUGGUUCUGGUUGCUUUUCACGGCUUUUUGGACUUAGGUGUGAUGAUGGCUUAAAGAAAGAAUCGGAAGAUUUAAAAAAAACGCGAGAACAAAUACGUACUCUGAACGCAGAGUCUAAAGUUUCGGAGGGUAAUAUUUAUAGCGCUCUUGGAAGUAUUAGCGAGUAUGGAUUCAGUAGCCGUCGCGGUUCAAAGACUCUAACUGAAUCAGAAGCUGAUUUGAGGCGUGUCAGUCGAUCAAUUCAAAUCCGAAAAGACACGAAAAUUCCAUCUUUCUCAUCAGUUGAGUUGAACUCUUGUGAAUGUAUGUCUAUAUUAUUGACUGCGUAUUCUCAAGGUAUAAGUCACUGUCUCUGGGCUGGAGAUAGUGAAAAGUUGUUCGAGGCAUAUUUAGAGUAUGCCGAUUUAAGCAAAUUGAACGCUAACAUUCCCAAAGCGAUACAUCUCCUGUAUGAAAUCGAAGAAAUUAUAAAACGUGAUGAUUAUCAUCAAGGUAAACGCAUAAAGUGGUUAUUUGACUCAAAAUUGGCAAGGAUCUAUUCGUUGCGCGGCACUUGUUUGUUGGAGUGUGGAGAUUUGAAGAAAUCCCGCGAAUAUUUGUACUACGCAAUGAACCUCUUUAAGGACCCAUUUCCAGAGACAAAAAAUACUAGAAGUUUUCGAAGCUUUUUAUGCUCGGUCAACCAAGUCAUGGCAUUAUAUGUCGUACCAAGGUUUUAUGUGGGAACAGAAAGUGGGGUCGUUGCGGACUUUUUUGAGAGUAUCGCUUGGAAUUUAUGCAGACUUUUUAAAUUAUUCAAGGAACUAAAGGAAGAACAUAACGCGGCUUUGGCAGCAAAAUGGUCCUUCAAUUACGCUAUUAAAGCAGACAGCAACUUUCGUCUUCUAUGCACAAGCUAUGGAAAUGUGAUAAAUGUUUAUCGAGAACAGCAAAAGUUCAGAUUAUGUCGAAGUUUAGAAAAUAAAGCGCGGGAAUUGUGUAACCGGAAACGCGGCCAUGUUGACCUCAUGGAGGCCCACGCAGUUGGUCAUCUUUAUACCAGCAUGUUCCUCUACAAUGUCCAACGAGGAAAUAAAAUGGAUAGCUUAGAGUUCGGUCUUUCCGUAAUGCGAAUUAUGACGGAUCUAUCAGACAUUACAACGAGAGAAUCGCUAAAAUUUUGGAUAUUAAAAUUACUUCUUACCGAGCUACGUAUUCACCAAAUGGUGUCUAUAAUGAAGGAAUUUAUGUACCAGGAACACAUGGAUGUGAGCACGGAAGUCUGGUACCACUUUUAUUCCAUGUCAAUAUUAUUGGACACUGGGUACUGUGUGGAAUCGUACAAAACGUGCGAGACAUUUUACGUACAGAAGGGUGAUUUAUUUUUGAGGUCCAAGACUCCGGAGGCCGGGUGGAACUUUUAUGCUUGCAUGUGGCUUUUUACAAUACGAGUAGGUAUGUGGGAGAAAAGUGUAAUAUGGAUUGAUAAAAUCGAAGAAAUCCAAAAGAUGGAAUCAACCAUACAUGAAUAUUACACAUCGAUGAUGUUGAUGGUGGUCGAAGGCUAUAUGGUUGAUUUAGUACGAGAGUUAAAUAACAAAAACAUUAAGAAAAUGUUGUAUAUCGCUAAAACUUUGAAGAGAUUAAUGCCGAAACUGGUGGUUUCCUGUAAACAUAAUCCAAUCUUUCAAUCAAGAUAUUACCUUCUCAACGGCUAUUAUAACUUCAUUAGACACAAAAAACAGUGUGCCUUCAAUUCUCUAAAAAAGGCUUUACAAAUAGCAAAUAAAUAUUCCGACAGAUUAAUGAUAAUUUGGAUUGAACAUAAUAAACAUAAUUGGAAGCGAACCCUCAACCCUAGAUUAGAAAAUUAUUGGUCUGAACACGUGGAAUCUGACACCAUACUAAAUUACAAGACAUUCGAAGUUGAGAAAAGCAAGAAAAUCAUACCUUAUACCCUCCCUAUUCCAAGAAUAUUUAUAUGAAUUUAAGAGUAAUAAAAUAAUUAAAAUACAUUUUAUGGUCUUGGAGAAUAAAAUUUAAAACAGUUGGAAAAAUAAUUUAGCUUUCUUUUAUGCAUUUAGUUUCAUUAACAUCUGCUUUGCCCUACCUAUAAAAAUGCUGUAUAGGUGUGGUGUAUGUUACCCAAAUUAAAAAUAUGUGUUUAUGUAUAUAAA